AUGGCAUUCACAUACAGAGCAUCACUGCCGACACCGGUCACACCGUCGAUGCCAGUAUGCGCACCACUUCCUGUAGGAAUCGAGCCCCUACCAAUCACUCCACCGGACGCAAUAGACGAUUUCGACGACAAGACAUUCAAGCCAGACUCGCGGAUCAUAAAACGUGCUCUCCACGUGCUCUCAACGGAACGAACCGCCUUGGAGCAUCUGGAAGACUUGUAUCGGACCUCGCCUGAUGCCCAGCAUGCCCUCAUGGGCGCCGUCACGCAAAUCAUCCAUACCGAAACGCGGCAUGGCAAAGUCAUAUUCACAGGUAUUGGAAAGUCAGGCCAUAUUGCGACCAAGCUGUCCGCGACGUUUAAUUCGCUAGGAAUCCAGUCUGUAUGCUUGCACCCGGCAGAAGCCCUUCACGGUGACCUGGGCGUCAUCCGGCCGAAUGACACGAUCGUGAUGAUCACAUACUCUGGCCGGACACCCGAAUUACUACAACUGGUUCGACAUAUUCCGUCUGCCAUACCUAUAAUCAUAAUGACCGCGCACACCAACCCACACACCUGCCCACUGCUCACGCAUCCUAUUCGAGCGGCAUCAACCGGUGCCCAAAACUUCCUUCUCCCCACUACCCUCCACGAAACCGAGACGACAAGCUUUGGCUUCUCGGCGCCAACAACCUCGACCACCAUCACAUUGGCUCUGGGCGAUAGCCUCGCGCUCUCAGUCGCCGAGACACUGCAUUCAGAUUCUGGCCUCGAGACGCCCACCGUCUUCGCCCAAAACCAUCCCGGCGGCGCGAUCGGCGCCGACCACAGCCAACGGAUUCCCCAUCAUCAACAAUCACCUCCAUCGCCGCCCAAAGACCCUGUCCUCCGGAUGUCCGACCUCGCGACGCCCCUCACGAGCAUACCCCACGUGCCUGGCUCCGCCCACUGCACACGCACCCUCGACAUCCUCCUCACCGCCGCCCGCUCGCCCUCCGGCUUCGUCUUCUCCUCCCCCAACCACCUCAUCGCACCCCGACGGAUCCAGAAAUUCGAUGACCCCAGUCUCAUCGUCGAUGUACUGUACGAUGAUUUCGGGCGGGUGGUAGUUGAGAAGAGCGACUGGAUCUCUAUUCUCGGGGAGACGAGUGUGGAGGAGGCGCGGGGGUGGAUUGUGCGGAUGCGCGAGGAGGGGAGUGGGAGAGGGAAGGGGUUCUUAAGGCAUGGGACGAUUUUAGGGGUUGUGGAGGGGGCUGAGGUUGUGGGGGUGGUUGAGAUUGAGGGCGUGCUCGGGGAGGAGUUCUAG